AUGCAUGUCAAUAAGCUCAAUUCGCUUCUUCAAGUACUACUCUUUUCUUCCGCUGCUUGGGGUGCGGCAGAGGAGAAACCAAAGGCGCCAGAGAAGCCCUGUACAAUACACUCGCCUAAUACGGGCUUGUACUUCGACCUCAAUGCGAUUUCGGUGCAGCUGGGUAAAAAGGAUGGGAAGAAGUCACAUGCGGACCUGAGAGAUGAAAGCUGGCAUGUGAAGGGACAUGACUAUGGGGCAAAUUUUACGAUAAAUAUCUGCGCUCCUGUGGUAGAAAACUUGACGGAUGUUGCUGGAGUCGACGAGAGUAGGUGGCAGAAUGUCAGCGCGUACUACGAAAUGGACAGAAAGACAUAUUCCAUCGGACAACAGUCAUCCUCUCUCUUAUUUCGUGGGCGCAAACUUGUAUUGAAUUACACCGAUGGCUCCCCAUGCCCUUCUCCAUCUGCCGGGAAUAAGCUGUUCAGACGCAAAAUUCUAGACGGCGACGACGAUGACGAAUCUGAUGACAAGGACAAAGAGAAAGAUGGGGAUAAACAGGGCGAUGACGAUAAAAAGGACAAUGGCAAAAAGGACGGGGACAAAAAGGAUGACCCAGAAGAUAGGGUCGAGAGAAGGAAGUCGACAAUAAUGUCUUUCCUCUGCGACCGAGACCUGGUUACACCAGCUGCCACUUUCUCAUUUGUUGGUAGCCUCGAUUCGUGUUCCUAUUUCUUUGAGGUUAGAACUGCAGCUGCCUGUGGAGGCGUUGCUUCAAGUACAGAUGGAGGCGUAGGGCCCGCCGGGAUAUUCGGAAUCAUUGCCGGCAUAGCUAUAGCUGCCUACCUUAUAGGUGGAUGCGCCUAUCAACGAACUGUCAUGCACCAAAGGGGUUGGAGGCAGUGUCCGAACUACGCAAUGUGGAGUGGUGCUGCUAGCUUCGUCGGGGUAUGUAUAACGUCUGCGUUCUCUUGCCUCCCCUUUUUGCGUAACCACCAAGGCGUGAGAUUUCAAAGUGCUGGUGGCCGGGGUUCAUCACUCUCACUUCCUACUUCCCGGCUUGAUUGA